UGCUGGCCUUGUCUGCCCUGCUGCUGUGGCCCGCAAUGACCCAGGAUUCUGAGGAACCCAAUGUUCGUUGUGGAGCAUGCAGGGCCCUGAUGGAUGAGGUGGAAUAUGACAUCACCAAGGCUCGACAGAAGAAAACCAAGGUGGGCUCCUACCGCAUCAGGCCUGAUGGGACACAGGAGAGGAAAAAGGUUCCCCUGGCCCAGUCCGAGGCGUUUCUCGUCGACCUUUUGGAUAAAGUGUGUCUGCGAAUGAACGAUUACCAGCUGGAGGACGACCCAGUGACCAAGCAGAAGUAUUUCAGGAGAUACGCUCCGAGAAAGGGAGACAAAAUAUACAAAGAAUAUAAAAAGUUCUUCUUUUAUUCCGAUGCCUUCAAACCUUUGAGAUUCGCGUGCGAAGCCAUCAUCGAAAAGUAUGAGGAUGAGAUCUUCGCACUUAUCACCCAGGAGGCGACCCAUCUAGCUGACAUGCUGUGCAGUGAAAAAUCAGAUCUAUGCGGCACUCCUAUCAAUCAUCCUGAACCCUAAGAGUGAGGAGUGGAGUCACGGCCCCAAAGGUCGCUGCGUGCCUCCAUUCCUGUGUCUGCCCUGAUAAGGAGGUUCAUCUCCCGUCCGCUGUACUUGUCUCAUGCGUGAUAUUGGUUUGAAAAUCUCUUGUUUGGCAUCGUGACAAGCCCCAAAUCUUCUUUUAGGUGAAGAGAGGUUUCUCAAACUGAACACCCCUUUGCAAAUUUGGAUGGAAGCUGGCUUGGCAAUAGAGCAUUAAGUUUGGCCGUGGGAAAAGGGUGAAGCCAUUUCUUUAAGUCAGUAGGGGUUUCAAGGGUGGGUAGAGUGUUUCAUAGAAAGUGUGUCUGACGUGUCCACACACAUGGUUUCCUGUUCGGGAAGAACUCAAUUUGACUUCUCAAAUACUCGGUCAGUUACAAUUCAAGGCAUUUAGGUGCAGGUUAUUCUGGAAGGUUCUGUGUAGUGCAUGUAAAGCCCCCCCCGCCCCAGUCAGGAAUGGGGCUUACAGAUCUGGGAACUCCUAUAUCUUAGACCUUCAGCCCUAAGAUUCAGAACAGAUGAAUGGCCAUCUCACACCGACAUCACAGCAGUCUCCUAACCCAGCUCUGAGUUCAGAUGUUUCGGAAGGUUAUCGCACACUGGGUUGGGAAAGAUAUGGCACCGAACACAUUUGUGUCUUGCUUGAAGCUCUCUAGGUUUGUUUUCCCCUCAGUGAUCACAGUGUGUAGGUUUUUAUUUAUGUAUUUAUUUUUGGAUGUAGAGGGAAAUUCACCUUUCCUACACUUAGUGUAUCGAAAUUCGGUAACAGCUUCUCCUGGGUGUUCUCAUUGUCUCUGCUAAAUUUGCAUUCAGUGGAAUUGAACCUUAAUUAUUCAGCAUGUGUGGGUACAGGUUACACCUGUUUAAUUAAAGAAAUUUUCAUCAUUGUCAGUGAAACUUGCAUGG